AGUGAAUGUCCCGUGUUACAGUUUGUCCAAGUAUGUAGGUAAUAUUCUUCAUAACCUUGUCAUGGAAAAAUACAACAUAAAAAAUGCAUUCCAACUGAAAGAAAAACUAGAGAAUAUUCGGAUAGAAGAGGAAGAUUUAUUGGUUUCCUUCGACGUGAUAUCCCUCUUCACCAACAUUCCGACACAUUUAGCAAUUAAAAUCAUCCUCGAUAAGUGGGACGACAUUAAACCAAACACGAACAUACCAAAAAAUAAGUUCCACAAAAUUUUGAAUUUCUGUUUGAAAGAGAAUAAUUACUUCACAUACAACGGAAACUUCUAUGCACAGACCUUUGGGAUGCCGAUGGGAAAUCCCCUCUCGCCAACGAUUGCAGACAUAGUUAUGGACAAUUUAUUGGACAAUACCGUGAUGGAGCUAAAGAAACACCUCAACAUUGACAUUAAAUUUAUGGUUAAAUAUGUGGACGACAUUUUUGCUAUUGUAAGAAGAAACGACGUGGAUAUAAUUUUAAAAACACUCAACGAAUACCAUCCUAAGCUACAAUUCACUAUGGAAUCGGAAACGAAUUCCCGCAUCCCAUUCCUAGACGUCAUGAUUCAUAAGAAAAACGACUCCAUACUACUUGACUGGUAUUCGAAACCCACAUCCUCCGGUCGCAUAAUUAAUUUCAUGUCUUCGCAACCCUUAAAAUAUAAAGUUAACACCGCAAAAAACCUAAUCCAUAAAAUACUAACAAUAAGCCACGCACAAUUUAGAGACACAAACAUUAACAGAAUAAACAGAAUUCUCACUAACAACAACUAUCCGCACCACCUAAUACAAAGUUUACUCAAACAAAAAAUUAGGGAAAUGGACAACCAGCACAACAAAACAACCAAGUCGAAAACAACAAGUGAGACAAAGCGAUAUCACAGUGUCACAUACGUACCUAAGUUCCACCAACAACUUGAAGGCGAAAUAAACAGCAAUCAGAACAUUACAUUAGCAUACAAAUCUAACAACACCUUGUCUUCAAUAUUUACAAACACAAAAUCUCCAAUAGACUCCCACCAACAAAGCAAUGUGGUAUACGAAAUCACAUGCAAAGGGAGCGAAAACGAAGGCUGCAAUAAGGUGUACAUCGGCACAACGAAACGACCACUGGGAGUUCGCCUAGCUGAACAUGAAGCCGACAUUAGGAAGAAUAAAAACAGCACUGCUUUAGCCCAACAUGUGCUAGCCAGUGGCCAUACAGCUGAUCUGACUAACGCGAGAAUAGUGGAUAGGGAAAAAAGAGAAAAAACAAGAUACACACUAGAGAGUUUAAGAAUUUUGCAAAAAAGAAAUGUAACAAUAAACAAAAAAGAAGACACUGACGACAUCGCGGCUGCAUACUUAUUAUGUUUAUAGCCAUUUUAGUAUUAGUUUGACAAAUGUACCACAGGGUGAUGGUAUGAACGCUGUUUAAAAUUUUGAAGUUUUAAAUGUUAAGUGUACAAUAGUUUAUUUUUCAAAUGUAAGUUUUUCAAUGUUUUCUCAUAAGUGUUUAAAGUUCAGUAUCAUGUUAAAAAUUGCUAAUUGUCAUAGAUUCAAUAUAAAAUUUGUUACUUGUUUUCUUGUGUGUACAAAUGUUUUGUGUACAUAUUAACAAAUUAUAUUAUAACAAUAACGUCCUUAUGUUUGUUUCUUGUUGAUCAUUUAAUAAAGAAAACGCCCCAGAAGAUGCCAAGGAGUUUGGCGAAACGUCGGGCAGCAAAGUGAAGAAAGUUUUUUCUUGCACAUAAGCCAAAUUGAUCAAAAUAGCCUAGUACAAACCAACAAUAAAAACAUAAUUUUGAAACUGAUCAUCAACUCAUCGUUAUAU